UUGACAGUGGUGACAGCUCAGCAGCAGCAUCAGGCUGCCACUUUUAACAAAGUCCUGUGAGAUCAGCCAAUCUAAAGCUCACAUUUAGUCCUUCUAUCUCCAGAUAAUGGAGUCAGAUACGUUGUUGCACGCCGCGAAUUUCAGCACCUUGUUUGUGUGCAUGGUGCUCAAGUUCCCGCAGAUCUUUGUACUGAUGCGGGCGAAAUCCACAGCUGGAGUCAGCCUCAACAGUCUGCUGCUCGAGUUGACCGGGUUCAUUGUUUUCGUAACAUACCAGAUGUAUUAUGACUACCCACCUCCGACAUACCUGGAAUACCCGAUCCUUAUUGCUCAAGACGCCAUCCUUCUGCUCCUGAUCCUUCACUACAACGGCAGCCUGCGGCAGAGCCUCCUCUACGCCCUGUUGUUUGUCGGCGGCUGGAGGCUCCUCACUCUGGAGAAGUGGAUCAUAGAUUUGGCGAUGAGCCUGUGUACAUUCAUCAGUGCAGCCAGUAAAUUUGCCCAGCUGCAGUGUCUGUGGAGGUCUAAGGACGCUGGACAGGUCAGCGCCCUCUCCUGGGGGAUGGCUACCUACACAUGCACGGCGCGGAUUUACACCACCACAGUGACAACUGGAGACAUGCAGGUUCUGGUGCGCUUCAUCGCCAUGACUUUGCUCAAUAUGUGGGUGCUGCUCACUGUGCUGUACUACCAGAGGCACAGCAGCAGGACCAAGAAAGAGGACUAAGCUUUAAAAAGGUGGAUCCUGAGACCUGUAAACGUGCGGUUCCCUUCCGUGUCUUCCAGCUGCAUCCCUCCGGACACAGCCACGACUGAAAAACAAAACUGAUUAAUAACAACGGUUAUAAACAGCUUUUGUAAUACUGACCCAUAAAAUGUGCUUUUUUUAAAAUCUUUUUACCUCAGUAUUAAACCCAUACACCUUGAUUUAACAUUCCAGUGACAAAAAAAUCUGCUCUGGCUUGUAGUAAGAGCAGUGAACAAUGCAUUUUCAUACUGUUGUGUUAUUAGAUAGAUGUUCCUACUCAGGAUAUGAAAUACUGUAUUUUGAAAAGUACUUUUCUGAACUAUUUUAAUAAAGCAAACAUUCAAGCUUCUUA